CGUGCAUAAGCGAUAACUUCCUUUUCGUAUAUGGAGUGGUAGAAAAUAUUGUUCGGUAUAAAGAUUUUAUUAUAUUUACGAACAAAAUGGGUUUUGUAAAAGUUGUUAAGAAUAAACAAUAUUUUAAGCGUUAUCAAGUUAAAUUCAGAAGGCGACGUGAGGGAAAAACUGAUUAUUAUGCACGUAAACGAUUAACUAUUCAGGAUAAAAAUAAAUAUAAUACUCCUAAAUAUAGAUUAAUUGUACGUCUAUCAAAGAAAUACAUUACUUGUCAGGUUGCAUAUUCAAGAAUUGAAGGAGAUAGAAUUGUAUGUGCAGCUUAUAGUCAUGAACUUCCAAAAUAUGGUAUUAAAGUUGGUCUUACUAAUUAUGCUUCUGCAUAUUGUACAGGUCUUCUUUUAGCACGAAGAUUAUUAAAAAAGUUAGGCCUAGAUACCUUAUAUACUGGAACAACUGAAGUAACUGGUGAUGAAUAUAAUGUUGAAGAAUUAGAUGAUGAAGGCCCUGGUGCAUUUAGAUGUUAUUUAGAUACUGGUCUAAUGCGUACAACUACUGGUGCUAGAGUUUUUGGCGCUAUGAAAGGUGCUGUUGAUGGUGGUCUGAAUAUUCCACAUAGUACCAAGAGGUUUCCUGGUUAUGAUAGCGAGUCCAAAUCUUUUAAUGCUGAUGUUCAUCGACAACAUAUUUUUGGACAACAUGUUGCAAAUUAUAUGAAAACAUUAGAAGAAGAUGAUGAUGAAGCUUUCAAACGACAAUUUUCACAAUAUAUAAAAAAUGGUAUUACGGCUGAUAGUAUUGAAAGCAUUUAUAAGAAUGCCCAUGAAGCUAUACGCGCAAAUCCAGAACAUACGAAGGUUACUAAAGAAAAAAUACCUGUGAAAAAACGUUGGAAUCGCGCCAAACUUUCUUUAUCAGAAAGAAAGAAUCGUGUUGCUCAAAAGAAAGCUUCUUUUCUUAAGACAUUAGAAGAAGUGGAAGCUUAAUUGUAUUUCAUGGAAGAAAUUGUUCAGAAAUAAAAAUAUACGAUAGAAA